AUGGCCUCCAGAAAAGACAUGCGCCGCGCCGACCUGAUCGUGCCCUAUGCCGAGCCAGAGAAGGCCAAGGACGACAACGACAUGUCGAGCACGCUCUCGAGCACACUGCCCAUGGCUGCUAUCUUCACGCGGAACAAGAUGAUCGGCUGGGUUGCUGUAGUAUUCGCUAUCCAGUCGUGGCUUGCUGAGACCCCCGAGCAGAAGAAGACGUCGACUACACCCGCCUACUUCCAGGUUGGCAUGUCUGAGCGCAAUGGCCGCAAGACCUUGACGACUGUCCAAGGUCUCCCCAAGAAAUUUGACCAGAAGAAGAUCCUCAAGGUGAUCAAAAAGAAGUUUGCCUGCAAUGGCACCAUUGUAAGCGACGCCGAGAUGGGCGAAGUCGUCCAACUCCAGGGCGAUCAGCGCAAAGACGUCCAGGACUUCUUGACCGACAAGAAGGAGGGACUUGGUCUCGAUGCGAAGACGAUCAAGGUGAGUCACAGCCCGGCACGAUUUAGCAUCGAGUCACAGUCUAAUCAGAAAUCAGGUCCACGGUUUCUAGUCGUCCAUGACUACUACCUUGUGCCUCCUCGAUAUGCCAGCUGCCCUCGUCCGUGGCACGGCUAA